AUGAGUGGACCAAGACGUUCUGUCCUGCUGGGACUGGUGCUCUUGCUGGUGUCCAUGGGACCAUGCCGAGGGAGUAUCGAAUCUCUGGAACUCACAGACAGACAGGUUAUUUUAAGCUUACUCUUGGACCUUUUUCAGGGAGUUAAAAGCUCCAACUUGGAGGACUCCAAAAGUCUGGAGUUAUUCAGUGAACAUGACUCUACUUUGGAUGAGAUUGAAGUCACUGACUACAUAGAUAAUCCUGAGCGGCUAAGAGCUGAAAUUAUUGCUCAUGUUCAAAAACUGAAGACGAAAUUCAUAAAACAUCUUACGGGUCCCCUUUAUUUUAACCCAAAGUGCAGCAUAUACGUUCAUAGAAUUUAUCACAACACAAGAGACUGUACUACUCCUGAACAAAUUGUUGCUCUUGACCAAAGGUUUAAGGACAAAUUCAUAAAACAUCUUACGGGACCCCUUUAUUUCAGCCCAAAGUGCAACAAAUACGCUCAUAGAAUUUAUCACAACACAAGAGACUGUACCACUCCUGAACGUAAGUGA